AUGGCGUCGGCGGGGCAGAGGCGGAUCGCGGAGGACUUGAAGGCGGAGGGCAACAGGCUGUUCGGGAUGGGGAGAUAUGACGCUGCUGUGAACAAAUACACAGAGGCUCUUGUGCUGCUGCCAGAUUGGACAGUGCCCAUGAUUAAUCGUGCAAACUGUCACAAAAAGAAUGGCAAUUGGGUGGGGGUGGAGCAGGAUUGUAGAAGCGCCCUGGAAAUUAAUGCCAAAGAGUUCAAGGCACACUACUUCUUGGGGCAGGCACUGGAGCAACAGAACUUCCAUGUGGAGGCUGUGUCUCAUCUUACUAAGGCCCUGGAGGCUGCUAGUGAGAAGGAAGACAGCAUCAAGGAUGAAAUCUGGAAGGAGCUUGCACGCAUUAAGCACAGUGCCUGGCAGCAGCAAGCGGCCACAAGGGCCAGCGAACGGGCCUUGCUGAGGCAGCAGCUGGAUGAGAUGUUAUCAGAAAGUGCCCCUCCCAGCCCGCCUCCAGGCCCACCACGUGACAGAAGAUGUGGGGACCGCAGUUUCUGGACCCGCACCUUUCCUUCCUUGAGCAGAUGCUUUAGAGUUCAUGUUGAUGAGGGAAGCACUGCCAGUUGUGGGCCCGAUGCCAUGGCUGAGGCAGAUGCCCUGCACAAAGAGCACACUGAGCUACGCAAGGCCUGGGACCGGCUGUUCGAGAUGGCGGCCCGCCAGGACAUGCCCCGGGAGCUUCCGAACGCCUUCACCUGUAGGCUGACGAUGGACAUCUUCAGAGAGCCUGUCUGUGCGCCAUCAGGCCUGUCCUAUGAGCGGACUGCGUUGUUCGAACACCUCCAAAAGGUAGGCAGGUUUGACCCAGUUACUCGCACCCCAUGCACACCACGCAAGGUCAUCCACAAUUUGGCGUUGAAGGAUGCAACCCAACAGUAUCUGGAGGAACACCCCUGGGGGUGGAAAGAGUUCCUUUAG